GGGAUUUUUUGGAUGAAGACCGCCCGACUCCUGUCGGGAGAGGUAUUGUGAUAUUUAGAUCAUGCGUUGUCUUCAUAUUUGAGUGGAAAUAACAGAAACUUUGUGUUCAGCAUACUACAAGAUUUCACCAUGGGUGUUGAUAUACAAACCUACCGAGCUCGAAUAGGAACGAACAAGUUUGCAUUCGGCUCUGAUGUUGUAACUUCAAGAAUAUCAGUCAACUUCAGCCUUUUCUUGAAAAGCACAACGGUUUCUCUCUUCUUGGUUGUUAUGUGCCUUGUGCUGAGGUCAGGCGCCUUCGAGUUCAGUCUUAUAGAUGCCGUUGAUAUAGCUAAUGAGACGAAGGCAGAACAGAAUUUGGAGUCGCAGUUGCCAAGUAUAGAUGCAGUCCGAUAUAUACCUGUCAUUUUGGGUCCUUUGUGGAACUGUUUGGUAUUAAAACAGAGAGUUGCAGGGUUAACGGGGGCAGUUCUAUUUAUCGGUUUACUCUUACUCAAAGGGGGAAUAGAACCGAACCCAGGACCUAAACCAGAAUUUCCUAUGGUUAUCGGUCUUACAGACAAGAUAAAACUGACAGUAAAGUGUGGCAAGUUACAUAAAGUACGGAACGCGUGCUUGUUGGUGGAUUAUGGUUUUGUACUGCAAAAUCAAGAGGUUUUAAGGGUCCCUUUUCCGGUUUGGGAUGAGUAUAAACCAUAUUCGGCGAUCAACGUCGAAACAUUUGGAAAUAAUUUGAAGAAAGCCCUUGUUCAAGGUUUCACGCAGUGCGAAGAAAGCCCUUUUUCCACAGUUGCAUUUUCACCUAUCGUAGCAGGUAACAGUUGUCAAGAAUUGUCGGAAGUUUAUAUUGGAUUUGGAAUCCUUGAAUUUCGCAAAGAGACGAAAGGAACAUUACGAGAGAUUCAAAUUGUCGGCGAGGAUGAGAAGAUUUUAUUUGAUAUACACCAUUGUUUGGCAUACAUGGUGCAAUCAAAUACACAGCCUCCGUGGUUUGACAUCUCCAUUUUCAUAACAACGGAUGUUGCAAUUGCUGAAGAAGCCAACGUUAAAUUAACUGGGAGAGCAAGACACAGUUCCAUUAGUGCAGAAGUGAAAGCAGUUUUCGAGGAGCUCAGUCUGACUGAAAGACUUCGUCAAAAAAUUACGCUGAACGAAGCACUGGCUAUAGACAUUUCGAAGUCCAAAAGUCCGAAAUCUGACAGGGGAUUAUCAGAAACGCCGUGGGCACUUCUUCACGAACUUCUUCACGGCAAUUGGGAAGGCAGAGAUAACGUACCUGACACACAGCAGGAUGAUAUGGGUGAUUGGCUUGAAGAGAAUAGUGAACAUGGCUCCCAAACGGUAACUGAACUUAGUGCCAUGGACAUAUUUUUGGCCACAUUUCAUUCAUGCGAUGGACCUUUGAAACAAGCACUCUUUAAGAAGAUGUAUCUGUGCAAACUUGCCAUGCCCUUUUUGUACCAUUCAGUUAAAACGAAUGCGCUUCGAGUUUCGUUAUGGCCUUUACAACAGUUUCCGAUUUCAGAUGGUAAUUUAGAGCGUUGCGCUUUGACCAUGAAAACCAAUGUUAUAACUUUUGUUCGCCUUGGUAGGCCUCAAUUUUCAAAAUCAACGUUUCUUAAUCGCUUGAUCCAAAAUAGGAAUGACGCAUUCUCAAUCUUUUUCAACAAAGAAUGCAAGUCAGGCCUGUUAAGUCGCGUUCUUUUUAAAAGAGUCGUCGAGAUAUUUUGGGAUACUCCUGCAAAUGAAAACAAACUGAUAAGAACAUAUUUAAAUGUCAGAAGCGACUUUGCGGAAGAAUUCAAUUUCCAAACUGAUAUUUGGAAAUGUUUAAUUAAAACAACAGAUUUAUUUGCUGUUAUCAUUGAGCUUAACGAAAUGGUGAGCAAUUUUGAUAAUUAUAGCAAACUGCUCAUUGAAAUACCAAAAUGCGUAAUAUUGUUUUCUGAACACAAUGAUAUCGGGAAAGAAACUAAAAUCAGUAUACAAGACAAAAUAAAAAAGUUACGCAAUAAUCACAAAGAUAAAUUUAAAGUUAUUUCGUCACAUGAAAAGGGAACAGAAAAGGAAACUGAAAAACUGUUGAAAAACAUGUUGAGUAACAUAGCAGAACAUUUGAAAACGUGUCAGGCUGUUCUGAUGUUAGAAGAGAGGAUCAACAAAUUUAACGAAAACAAUGGUCACGUAUUAGAAGAGGAAGAAAACGAAGACUUAAGUUUAGGAAAGGAAUUAGCAAAAUGUGUGAUGUCAGAGAUGACGACUGAAAUUGUACAAACAAAUGACAAAAACAGCUUUCAAAACUGCAUUAGUAUUUUAACACCAGUGUCAUAUUUUGAUUCUCCACAAUUGAUUAAAACGUUGAGAUUACAGAACCAGGCAGAAGAUCGAAAUGAAAGAGAAAAGCAUAACAACGAUAUUUAUAACAUUCGGAAAGAAUGCUUUUCAAAUAUUUCAAACUCCGUCCGACUUCUAGCAAAAUAUCUUGUAAAUACACGACCACUAAACAUGAGGCAAAAGUACUUCAUUGGGUGGCUUAGAAUUCUUAUUGAACAAAAGUUAUCUCAUUUCUUAUGCCAAAAGGCCAAGGACAAAGUAAAAUUAUUAGACAUGAUUGCUGAAAGCAAGAACGAUCAUACAAGCGAAACAUCGGAUAAGGAAAAUAAAGUUCGCUUCUCAGAAUUAGAUGGGAUCAUAAAGCUUUCAUCUCUUACAGUUGAGCAUCUUUUUCGUGAAAUGAGUCACAUUUAUGAUUCUAUCAUUGAAUUAGAAGAAGACCCUAAGACUUAUUGCUUGCCGAGUGUAAACGACUGUGUGGGCACAUUUUCAAAUUUAAUCAUUGAGGGCGAGACAGUUGAACUAAUGACGGAGUCCUUUUUCAUGCCACGAAGAUGGUUGCAAAAUAUUUUUAAAUCACUAGACGGAAGGCUGUCUGUGUAUAAAAUAAAAACUAUCUCCGUCUUAGGGCUACAAAGCUCUGGUAAGUCUACUGUUUUAAAUACAAUGUUUGGAGUGCAGUUUGCUGUAAGGUCGGGUCGCUGUACCACAGGAAUACAAGCAAGGUUGCUUCCUGUGGGGCAACGCAACUCAGACAAUGAAAAGUCGAAUUACGUUAUGAUCAUAGACUCAGAAGGCCUUAGGUCACCGUUGUUAUCCGAUGUCUGGAGGCCUACUUCUCUUGAUAAUGAACUUGCUACAUUUGUUACUGGAUUAGGAAACUUGUCAAUAAUCAACGUUAUGGGUGAAAAAUUAGCAGAUAUGAAAGACAUUCUGCAAGUUGUUAUCCACGCUCUUAUCAAAAUAAAAUCGUCACAAAGUCGCAUCGCUCUAGGCCAUAAAUGUUUCUUUAUUCAUCACAACGUAACAGUUAGUUUUACAGAUGUUUAUAUGAAAGAAGUGUAUAGGGAUUUUGACUCAACAUUAGAUUUAGUGGCCCAAGCGGCAGUUGAAUCUGAAGGGAUUCCAGAUAUUCAUAAUGCUAAACAUGUCCUUAAGUUUGACGCAGGAAAGGAUGUACACCCUGUUCAAAAUUUAUGGCAAGGUGGUCAUUUUUUGAGGCGAAUUAGCCCUGAGUACAGUAAGAGUAUAUUGGAAAUAAAAGAUAAAGUUAUGACACAUUUAACCGGUCAUGGUUUUAAAUCAUUCUCUGAUUUAUCUCAGCUUGCGUUUGACGUCUGGGAUGGUAUAAAUUCGGAAAAAUUUAUAUUCACCUUUCGAAGUAGCAUAGAAAUGAAAGCAUAUUUUCAAACAGAAGACCAUUUCAAACGCUUAGUCAGAAACAUUGGCUUUCUGGUGAGAGACGAACAUGCAAAUCAAUGCUUCAUAUAUAUGUCUGACUGUCAGAAUGAAAACGAAUUAAAAAAGAACAGACAAGAAGUAGUUUCUUUGAUUAAAGCUUUCAUCUCGAGGAAUACAGCUGGAAUGAAAAAAGAAUUCAGUAAGUUUUUGGAAGAACAGCAAAUGGCCAACUUGGGCUCAUUGUAUGUACAAAGAUUCGAAAACGAGUUCCAGGAAUUGAACAGACGCACAGAAAAUGAAACAAAAAGGUAUUUUGAUGAACAGUUGGUGAAAAUGGAAACAUCUACAAUAAAUUCAUCUAGAAGAGCUAAACUAAGGGAAAAAACUGCUGAGAUAGUUUCAUCCCCAAAAAGUAAAGACGAUAAAAAGGCUGAGUUCGAUAAAAUAUGGAGUGACUUUGAGAAUGAAAUUAAAGCAAAGACUUUCUCUAUUAAAGAUGAUUGUUUGUACAACGAUUUUGCUGGACAGUUUAGUCAGACAUGUUCCGCUACCCCUAAUGUUUUCCACCAGAGGAAAGAUAGACAAGAACGUUUUUAUGAACGUCUAUCUGGUACAGAUGGUAUAACUAAACACGAUUUUAACCUCUCAAAGACGAACUAUUGCAAUAAAUUAUUAUUUGGGAGAGAUUUUGUUCAUGACAUGGUUUAUCCGUGGUUGAGGAGGAUAGUUGGGGAAUUUGAAAGCCUGAUUUCUAAUUACAAAACUAAAAGGCGGCUUCUUUUAAAAAGCGAUGUAGUAGGCUUUGCUGAAAGCUUUAAACAGUGUCAUGACAAACAUGUAAAAGAUUUAAAAGAAAUUGGAAUAUACGCUAAACCGAGUUUUUCAUCAAAACUGUUGGCGGAUGGGUUUCAUAUAGCUUCAGUGGAAUUUUUACAUCAUAAUGUAAACUAUGAUUUAAAUACAGGUGUAACAUACCAACUUAAGAAAUGUAAACACGAAAUGUAUGCAAUCUUUGAAGAAGACCUUGAGGAUAGAAAUGAAAAAAGCGCAGCGUGCAUAUUAUUUUUUUUUGAACUCGAAAACUGUCUUAAAGGAGUUAUACUUUCAAAAUUACCAACGUCGCUAUGCAAAAGGCUUCUACUCAAAAUACCAAAUGCGAAACGAAAGCUCAUUGCUAGCGUGUGUGAAAAUAUUGCUACAGAUCCUAGUGAGGUUUUUGAAUAUACCCGGGAUCCGAAGCAAUUCGCCUUAGAAUGGUUUAAGCGUAAAUGUUUAGGCUUAUUUGACCAAAUACUAGAAGACGAAUUGAAAUGUCAUUUAACAGAUAUUGAAAAAGAUAUAAAAAAUGCACUUAAACAAUGCGAGAAACAAUGCAAGCAACAUAAUGAACUAACGACUAAUGAGUGGUUAGAACAUUUUGAAAAGAAAUUCAAACAUAUUCCAAUUGACCCAAAACGAUUCCCAGGAUUUCUGAACAAAAACAAGUUCAAGCCUGCAGUGCAUUUUGCCACAGCAGUAUUGGAAGAAAGACAAUUAAAAAAAAUGUUAAAUUCCUUGAAAGAUGAACUGAAAAUAUAUGUUACAAAGAAUGAUUUUACUGAUUCUUAUGAUUUCCGUAACAUGUUCGAUGAUAUUUGGGGCUGUCAUGAAUUGUGUCCGUUUUGCCGCGAACCCUGUAUUAAAGGCAAGGAUCACACACCUGAUUCAAAACACGAAUGCCUACAACACAAACCUCCAAGUUUUAAAGGCGUUCAUGACAAAUUCAACAAAAAUUGUUUUGAAGUUUGUAAUUACGAAGUAGCUUUAAGAACAAGUGCUUAUCGCUGUUCUGAUAUUAAUGGGAAAUGUGGUUGCACAAAAAGUAAAUUACCAGAUAUAUUUGCGAUUAUGUUUUCAUUUUUAGGAAUUCAGUCUGGUGAGUUUCACCUUUACAAUAACUUCUCUGAAAUCUUUAAAGAUUGGGACAUAAGAAUUUCGAAAGAUACACAAGAGUGUUCAAGGUUUUGGGCGUGGUUUUCUGUUUCUUAUUACGACAAGAUUUGUGGCAAGCUCGUUGGCAAAUGUGAAAAUAUUCCAGAACGAUGGAAGAGAAUAUCAAAGGAAAAAGCAAUAGCAAGUUUAUAUGAAACUUAAGUCUUGACACGAUCCGACGACUUUCUUUCUACAUGCAUAGUCCAGUGAUGUAAGAAAGAAACAUAAACAUGCUGAAAAAAUAAGCAGAUGAAAUCAAUAUUGUAACGGAAAUAUAUCAAGUAUCAUAUAAUUUACAAGAACACUGGUAAUUUCUGUGAAUGGUUUAGUUGCAAAGUUGGGCUUACGUUAAUAGAUAAAGGUAGUCGUGUUUAACUCGUGUUUUGAUCCGUGAUGUGUGACCUUUUGAAGUAUUGUAUUGUAAAAUAACUAUACAAGGCAACAGUGUAUUUUUCUUAUUCAGCUUAAAUCAAUAUGCACACUAUUAUCAAAACAGAACAAUACAAGUUAUAUUCAAACGUAAGAGAGACCGUGUAAUUUUGUAAAAUACACAGUUAGCGUUCAGAAUAAUCACUUUUUAUUUCAAAAUUGACCUAUUUUAUUUACUGAAAGCGUGUUAUGACAAGGCUAUAUUUGUAUGAAUAUGUCAAAAUAUGGUUGCAAACUUUAGUUGUAAUGUAGACGGCUUCAACUAUAAGUAUAUAUAUUGUAUUAUUUAAAACCUUUUACACUAAAGCACUUCGGCUGACGAGCAGCAUUUGACUUUUAAAUCCAGGCCAUGAACUCGAAUCCUAUGGUCAGUUAUUUUUUUUACCUCCUUUACCCUUUUUGUUGUCCUUUGGUUUAAUUUGUAUAUAUAUAUAUAUAUAUAUUUAAACUUCGAAAUGGUUAUUUUAAGGACUUCAAACCGUUAUUAAUAAGUAAUAUCUUAAUUGUCGUAAUUUUUAAAUGUCGAGCAAUAAUAUAUUAUCAAUAUGUCAACUCAGUUUAGUAUCUUUAUAUAAAAUUAGGUAAGUCAUGAUAUGAAAUUUCUUUAUACGCAUAUAAAAGUGCAUGUAACAACACUGAAUGCGGUAUUCAAAUAUAUGUAUAGGGGUAUCUUUUUGUUCCAUGCAUAUUCAAAAUGCCGUUGUAUUAUUGUUCUGUUUUAGGUCAUGAAAAUACAGUGUACACAAUCUAAGAAAGUCAUAUUUUGCAAGGCUAUACAAGGCAUAUAACAAAGUAUGAGAACUUUCUGCUGCUACGUCUCUUUAAUUAAAGGAGAAUACUUUUUUGAAACACUUUUUGCAUUGUACUGGUUUUCCUUUAAUAAGCUCGAUUAAGAAUGUUUUCAAAUCCUCAUAACAUUUUCUCAUCUGUUAUAGAUUCACGAAUAAUAAUGUUUUGAUUGUAUGAAGUGCUGUGGUUUUCUAUUGUCAUUAAUAUAAAAGUACUUUUUUAAUAUGCAUGAAAUGUUUAAAGGAUCACAGAAAAUAAUUUGUUAGAAGUAACUGCUUCGAAGGUUUUCGUAUCAGAGAAAACAGACUUGCAACCGAAACAUGAUUACUGUUUUUUGUGUUUUUCUGUGUUGUUUUUGGACGGGGUGGAUGGGUAUUGAUCAUUAUCAUCACUCAUUGAUGAUUAAGCUUCCUUAAGGUAUAUUAGGCUCACACCUCUUUUUCUUAUAGACAUUUACGUUGUUGUGUACAAAUAUGUUUUUUUCUGUUGUUAGAUUGUUUGCGAUGGUAACAAUUAAACAUGUAAUAACACUGCUCUUACUGAUUAUGUGGUUAAGAUUUCGUAAAUAAUACUGAUAUUUCAAUAUGUUGUUAUUGUUGUAAGGGUGUGUAUUUCGCUGAGUGCAUGUUGGGUUCUGAUGCAUUAGACUGUUGUAAGUUUUGAUUGCAAUGCUUUGUAAAAUUGGGAAAAGAAUAUUGUACAAAAUGUAUAAAAUCAGUCGAAACAAUAUUGAUACAACAAAUAAAUAACAUAUAUCAAUUUGAAAUGGUUGUAGAAUUGACAGCGGUGCAAGUUUUGAGAAAAUCCCGCUUAAUAUGACAAAAACGUGACAAAAACAUUUGGAAAAAUGCAAAGUUUAAUGCAUGUAGAUUUUAUAAUUGCAAAUUAAUUUUACCAUGGUCGCACGCAAUCAUUGAUUACAUGUUUGAAUAUGUAUCCUGUUUUUUUUUUCCUUUUUGAAACUAAACAUUUUUAUUAUUGUUGUGUUGCUUACUUAUACAGAAUAAUUUGUGCUAUGAAUCAAUAACAAUUCUGA